UAGAACUUGAAUACAUGGCUGUGGUGUAAAUGUUUGUGAAGGCUGGCAGAGCAUCUAUUAGGCUCAGCCGGGACCCCAGACAGUCAGAGAGGGAGUAAUAGACUAUAGAGUCAAUAAGGGAUAUCCCGGAGGCCUCAUUGCAGUGUUUGUAAUGCGUGUUCAGAUGAUGUGGUGUGUUUACUGCAUCAGCAGCCUCCUCGCCCAUUGCUGGAGCAUAGAGUCGAGCUGAAAGGCGCACAGCCGCUGUCCAGAAGGACUCAACAUUUGGAGCAGCGUGGGUAGAAGAAACAGAAGAAGAUGUCAGUGGCAUUGAAGAGAGGGAUAAGUGCUGAGACAGAGUCCAGAAAAUGCGCCGCGCGUCUCUGGAGGCUCUUUCCUCACCUUUUACUGUGUCUGUCUCUGGUGGCUUACGCAGCGCUGGGUGCGCUCCUGUUCCAGUGCAUUGAAGGAGGCACCGCCGUGUCCACUACCCAACAGGAUUACCGGCAGUUCCUGGGUCAGAUUGUCAAAACCGUCCAGAAUCAAAGCGAUAACGCCUCCUGUACACAAGAACAAAUAGUGAGCCAGGUGGAGAAAAAGAUGGACCAGUUCAAGUCCAUAUGGUUCCAGAGACCUAAGAACUGGACUUUUUUCGGCUCCAUGUUCUUCUGCUGCACUGUAUUCACAACCGUUGGAUAUGGAGAGAUGUAUCCAGUUACCCUGCCCGGUAAGGUGGUGUGUGUCUUGUAUGCCAUGGUGGGCAUCCCUCUCAUGCUUCUGGUCAUCCUUGAUGUAGGAGAUUUUCUCGCUAUGCUCAUGACCAGAGCCUAUGUACAUAUUCACACCUUCUGUAAAACACUCCGCUCCCACACCUGGUCACCAAGGAAGGCUCAAAGGAAGGCAAGACACUCAAGCCACCCAAUCAUGGAGGAAGGUACAAUUGUUUUCAGCCAUGAUCUUGUGGUCCGUGAACCCCUUGAUAUCCGGCAGGUGCUUCACAGCCAAGCUGAUGUACGGCACAAGUCUGUCAAGCUCCAAAACAACAAAGAGAUCUUCGAGAAGAUUCUUGCCAGAGAGAACUUACUUAGAAAGGGCCCACUGCUCAGAACCGUCUCCUGCCCAGAGCUAGACCAGUUACCACCACCACCCAAAGGACAUGCUAUAUGGGAUUUCACAGGGCUAGGGGAUGGAAUGGAAAUGCUGGAUGUACCCUUUAUACUGAUUCUUUUCAUCGUGUUUGCCUACAUUUUAUUUGGUGGUUUGAUUUUGCCACUGUGGGAAGAUGAUUUUAAGGGUUUUGACCCCUUCUACUUCUGCUUCAUCACACUCACUACCAUUGGUUUUGGUGACAUUGUACCCAAACACCCCAAGUUCUUCAUGCUUACCUCACUCUUCAUCAUUGUUGGCAUGGCUAUCAUGUCCAUGUCCUUCAAGCUAGGCCAAGCACGAAUUGUAAUCUUAUACCGCCAACUCAUCAAGUUCAUCAGCAGGGGAAAUGUGGAGGAAAAGAACAACUAAGUCAGAGGAGUCUUUGCCUCAUGUCCAAGAAUUGUUUCCUGGUUUUGAUACAGAUCAAAAAAAUCUGUGGGAACUUCUCCAUCGUGUUCUUUGUACUGGUUGUUCAAAUAUAAGCAUGAGCAAAUAAAAAAAUGUGCAUGUGCCAAAGCUUUCACCCAGUGAAGCAGGGUGAUUCUGCAUAUUUAACAUACAGUAUUUUGCCAAGGAAUGGCUAUUUCUUGUCCUGUAGAACUGUGUGGUACAGUAGUAAUUGUAGUGCCUUACAGCACACUAUAGAGGUCAAAAGAAGAGUGUUGCAUUAGAUUAUAAGUCAGAUUUCUUCUUUUAGGUAAAUCAAAUGAAAUGCCUUUUGCAUUGAGUGUUCAUUCUUUUAAAUUUCACUUAUGUCCAAUUAAACACUCAACAUGGACAAAUAUUAUAAUUUUCAGACUGUAAUAUUUUUCAGAUUGUAAUAUUAACCCUAUGUCUAGAUUAGACCUAGGUUCUUGAUUCUAUACCGUUAAAACAACAUAUAAUACCUAAGUUCAUCAAACCUGUCCAUUCAAAUGUUUCUUAUGUUCAUGUAUAGCCAGUACUGGGCUGUAUAUGACUGUCUUUUCUACUUUGCCAGUUUAAAUGAGGACGAUGUGUUAGAAUUAUAAUCAGCAAACAAUUAUAUGCAUUGGAGAUAAUAAUGCAAGAUAAUUUAAGCUUGCAAUACACAGUAGUAGUAAACACCAUCAUUGCUAAUUUCUUGAUUCAGUGGCCAAAAUAACAGUAAUAUCCAAUCCUUACCCAAACCUACACCUCAUACUCCCACUUCAAAGUGUAUUUGGAGUGGAGUGGUAGUCGAAUGGUUAAAGAGCAAGCCACAUGGUUGCAACAUUUGAUCACCAAAAUAAAAAUACAAAACAUUUGCACAACUUAUGUUGCAGUGUGCACUGCAACCGCUUCAGCACUAUUUUCACAAUGUAAUGUAUACAAUAUGUCUGGAAAUACGAUAAUUGAAACACAGCCAUAGUAGUCUUAAUAAUUAAUGUAGAAUUACUUGUAAAGCAUGACAGACAGGAAGGUUAAGAUACUGUAGUGUAUCAUGCAAUAAAUGUUCAUUUAUGGAGAUAAGUCUCAUUUAAUGUGUGUUUCUUCAUUAUUAGCGUCUGUCUUUCACAAACAAGUGAAUGCAGUUACACUACAAGUGAUGAGCUGCAUACAAUCUGUCAGAAUCUACCUAUCAUGCAAAAAUGCAGGCUUAGUUUUAAUGAUGUUUUGCCUGUUACCCUAUAAAUAUACUGUAUAAUGUCAAACUGCUUGAUUUGACUUUUCCACAAAUAGCUUAUACAAAUAUAAAUAAAGAAAGAUACACUAUGGUAAAGGCAGAUUGACGCAUGAUUCACUUUAUGUAAUAAUCAGAUUAAGAACUCAGCAAGUAUUUGGCACAGCUAGCUAGCUCUUUUUGUUAUUGCACUAAAUUUUCAGCAUGGCAGAAAUUCUAUCUUUGGAUUUAAUUAAUAGCACCUAAACAUUUCGAACAGUUCACUGUUGAUGCUGAUUAUUCUUGACUUCUGAUCAAUGCAGCAAAACACCUUGUUCAACUUAUUCAUCAUUCUCACCAAUAGAUUUUGUGUUUUCACUUCACUCUGCCACUUCAUUUGUUUGCCUUUUUCAAGCUACUAUAGGCUCAGUUCUAACACACCUGGU